GAUAUCGUUAUUACGCCUGAGGAAGUUUACGAAUGUCUCUGCACACUAGAUCAGAAUAAAGCAUCAGGACCUGACAGAAUUCCAGCCACACUUUUGAGACACUGUGCUUCCAGUAUCUGCUCGUCUCUUUCUGAGCUUUUCAAUAAAACAUUGUCUAUUGGUAAGUUGCCAAAAGAAUGGAAACUGUCCAACAUUACGCCAAUCCCAAAGAGCGGGUCUUCUAGCAAUGUUACCAAUUACCGACCUAUUUCGCUUCUAUCACUUGUAUCCAAGGUACUUGAGAGAUGUAUCUACAACAGGCUUAUUGAGCACAUUGGAGAAAAAUUACAUCAUCUGCAGUUUGGUUUCUUGAAGGGCAAGUCAACUACUAGUCAACUCCUGCAGGUGUUACACGACAUUGGAAACAAUCUAGACAACAAGUGUCAAGUAGACACACUGUACUUGGACUUUGCCAAGGCAUUUGACAAAGUAAACCAUGAACUGCUGCUUUUCAAAUUGAAACGUUUUGGCAUCUCCGGUAAUCUCCUAUCUUGGCUACGUGAUUAUCUUUCUGGUCGCUACCAGAGGGUAACGGUUCUCGGCGAGACCUCGAAUCCAUUACCUGUCCUAUCUGGUGUGCCACAGGGAUCGAUACUCGGACCACUACUUUUCCUGGUUUAUGUAAACGAUCUUCCCGACUGUGUCUCAAGUUCUUCAUCAUUGGCAAUGUUUGCGGAUGACUCUAAAUGUUAUCAACCCAUUAAAUGUUAUGAGGACGCCGAAGUCUUGCAGUCUGACAUAAAUGCUAUUGACUCUUGGUGCAAGGAGUGGCAGAUGUCUUUAAAUCACUCUAAAUGUGGUCUUCUUCGCAUUACAAGAAAUUCUCAACCGAUCCAUUACUCUUACAACGUGGAAGGCAACUUACUUAAAACAAUCAACAAACAAAAAGAUCUUGGUGUUAUAGUCUCUAAAGAUCUUAAAUGGAGCCUCAACGUCCAAGCCGUCUCAAAUAAGGCCAACAAAAUGUUGGGGUUCGUAAAAAGAUCGUGUUUUCAUGCAAGUGACCCAAAAGUACGAAAGACCCUGUAUUUAGCCCUAGUAAGAAGCCAGCUUGGUUACUGUAGCCAAGUGUGGGCACCCCAAACCACCCAUGACAUUCAAACCCUGGAACGAGUUCAGCGUCGCAGCACGAAGUUUAUUUUAUCUCUUCCAUUUCAAACAGAUAUUUCAUAUCCUAAAAGACUCGCUAAACUCAACAUUCUUCCAAUUACCUACUGGCAUGAAUACCUGGAUCUUGUUUAUCUAUUCAAAUGUCUUUAUGAAAAUUCCGACAAAAAUAUAAAACUACAUUCACCAAAUCGUGUAACCAGACGCUCUAGUUCCACAUCAGGACUCCUUCUUCAGAUUACCAAAUCAAAAACAGUAACCUUUCAAAACAGUUUUUAUAUCAGAGCAUGCAGAACGUGGAACACUCUACCAAUAUCUUUAAGAAACUUAACUUUAUUGUCUUCGUUAAACGUUGUCUAUUUAAUUACUAUUUUUUAUUAACUUCUAUUGUUUAUAACCCAGAAUUGCCGCACACAUACAAGACUGUUUGUGUCAAAUGUCACAAAGCCCGUCCUUUGGAUUCACUCAGUGACACUUUGUGCUGCUAGUGCCCUUUCUUUAUAUUAUGUGAUGACUUUUUGUUGUUUUUUGUUGUGAUGCACUAUUUAGUGUUUAACUCUUUGUAUACAAUAUUUCUAUGUAUUUUACAACUCACGCGGGGAACCCGUUAUUGGAGCUUCGGCUCUGUGGGUGCGCCCUUCCUGUUUUUGGGUAAAUUAAAUAAAUAAAUAAAUAAAUAAAUAAACAUGGAGCCUAUUUUGGAAAUACCCAAAACAGUGUGAUCAGCCUCAGAGUUUUUUUAAACAGCUGAGGGCAUAAUGUUUCAAGUGUUUUUUUUACAAUUCCAAAGUAUGGACAUAAAUUUAUCAAACAAUUCAUGUUCUUACCUGUGAGAACAUGUCAACUUGAUUUAGCAAUUGCUCCAAGACUUUUAAGAUUGAAAUGUACUGAAAUGAAUGUUUUUUUUUACUCUGUAGGGGCCAUUCAUUCCAGAACUUAAUAUCUCUUCCCCCAACACAAUUUCAUUUGGAUCCUGUAACAAUAGAAGUUAUAAACAACAGUUACUACCUGCAAGGCAAAAUAUUGGUAUCCUGGCUUAA